CUUUUUAAAUAUCGCGGCUGCCCACUGUCCUUUACUCUUUAGUCUAAAUUUUUCGAAAACAGAAAAAUCAAAUCUAAAUCAUGUCAGCCACUGCGAAAUUUUUGAAAUUACUUUUUGUUGUACAAUCGGUCGCUGGUUAUGAGAAAGAAACUUUCGGGUUUCCAAAGAGAGAGAGGGGAUCAAGCUGUGAUAACACAUACACUAGUGACACAGCAAAAAACGGAUCGAUUACUAGCCCGGGUUAUCCUUCUCCUUACUCAGAAAGGACCACUUGUAGAUAUGACUUUGUUGGAAGAGGCAGGGAAAGGGUGCAGAUUGUAUUUCAGGACUUUAAUCUAUUUCAUCCUACUGAAGACUCUAAAGACUGUAAUGACCAAGAUUCACUAAUGGCUUUCAUGCACAUCGAUGGUAGAAUGGAAAAGAUUGAGACGUUUUGUGCAUCAUCGUUACCAAACCCCAUCAUGUCAAAUGGACCAAGACUGAAGUUGGAAUUCCAUGGCAUUUCCGGGUCAAGGUAUUCCAGAGGAUUUAAGGCCACCUACAUCUUUACAGAAGAUUUUGGAAUCAAAAGUGGUGUACAAUUACCGGAUUAUCCAUGUGCCUUCGUAUAUAAUAGCAGUGUUUCAGUAAAGGGACAUUUUCACAGUCCCAAUUUUCCGGGAUUGUAUCCUAGGGACACCGAAUGCCAUUUUUACUUUUAUGGUAAUCAGGGAGAAAGAGUUCGACUACAUUUCCUUUAUUUCGACGUCGAAGGAGUUAUACCUUGUGAAGCGACAACAGCAAGUGAUUAUGUAGAAUUUUCGAACUACAUGAACAGAGACAGAAAAUAUUCAAGAUACUGUGGUCAAAUGAACGAAUUUAGUGUUGAAUCGGACAGGGUGUUUUUCAGGGUAACUUUUCGCUCCAACGACCGCCUUGACGGCAAAGGGUUCAAUGCGACUUACCAAUUCAUAGACGAAGAAAUAACCCCCACAGUAAUUAUGAUCCCCACAAACUCUGGACAUCACUUCAAAGGUGUGGUAAGUUUUCUAUCACUGGUAGUUCUACUGUUAUCAAUUCUAUCACGAUAAGUGGACGGCGAGUCUAAAAAUAACUACGUAAUUAUAUUUGAAACUACUUAAAAAAAAUCUACACAAGCAAUACUUCAAACUACUCCGGUCUUCAUACAUGUAAUUAUUUAAUCGACUUGGGACACGAUGACAUCUAACCUCCCCUAGAAAAACCUAAUCGAAAUGGUCUCUUAUUUUUCUACUUUUCACAUAUCCUACGGAGUUCAAUAGGUAGUUCGAAUUACGUAAUUACUAUGUCGUUAUAAAUAAAUUACCUGUAAUAAAAUGAAUGUGAUGUAUUGAAAGUGUGAAUUGUUAAUUUCUAGGAAAUUUUAA